AGACUGACUCCUACGCCGCUAAAGCUACAGCUGCAGCAAUAGCAGCAUCUUCCAUUCGCACGAAAAUGCAAAUGAGAAGCGGCUGGCAUUGUCGGUGGAGGGGCAGAGAGCGGGCGGGCGCAAACAGGCAUUUUAUGAAUGAAAUUAAAUGCGAGGGCGACUGAGGAUCGCAAAUGAAGCCAAGCCAACAACAGCAACAAAACACUAGCGCGGGCAGCAGCUCAAGCCGAUACCGAAGCUGUAGGCAAGGCCAUGAUGACACGAAGACCAGAGAGAGAGAGAGAGAGAGAGAGAGAGAGAGAGAAAGAGCACGAACACGAAGCUCCUGCGCUGGCAGGCUGCUGUGUGCUGUGGGUCUCUGCUGCCUGCUCGCUACUCCUCUGCCGCUUUGACGGCGACGGCGUCGUCAUUUCACUUGCAUACGCUCGACGCGUCGGUUCGAAUACAGUUUUUUGCACGCUGUGUGUGCGCGCUGCCGCUCUUGGUCGCCCCUCUGAAACAUUUUUUCUACUCUUGCCGCGACACGUCCCGCUACCCCAACAAGGAAGAACAAGAACAAAAACAAGCGAAACGUCAACACGGAAUAUUGCAUUUAAAACAACAGUUGGACUAGCGGUAACUGCCAAACAGGAAAUCGAAAACGAAACAAAAGCAACAUAAAGGGCUGAAACAUAUCAACCGAAGAUACCAAAGAUAACCAAAGACAGCUAAAAUACAGCAUAGAAAGCAUAGAAAGCAUAGAAAGCAUAGAAUCAAACGGAACUCCAAUCAAAAACUUCAAUCAAAAUGAACUCAAAAGUGAAUUCGCUGGAGGAGAAAGUGAAACUGCCGCCCACAGAGACAAUAAGUCGCUGCUACCAGCCGCAGCAAAGCAACCGUAAGGUCAUCCGCAUCCUGACCGUCGCCGUGUACGUCCUAUGCGUCUCGCUGGCGGCCAUCAUGCUCUCGCUCUACUACAUAUUCAUAUGGGAUCCGACCAUCCGGCCGUUUGUUACCAAGGCCAAUCACUGCGGUAAGACUAAGACGGGAUCAGUGGGGCUGGGAGCCCCACUGGGAACCCCAAUCAAGCCAACGCAACCCAAACCUAACUGACCCAAUCGUAUCCUUAUUAACCCAUUUCAUAUUCCGAGUAUGCCAAUUUGCGUUGUGGUCAAUCUGCUGGUCAACUGCCCGAACACUGUGGCUUAAAUCGAGCUGCGACAUGGCCCAAAUCCGGGCCGGUGGCAGGGUGGAAGACCAUUAUCGAUGGGGUUGGAUGGUUCUCAAUGCCCGAAACGGAAGGGCGUGAAAGUUGCACACAUUUUACCGCCUCGCUCUCUCGUCCCCUUCUGUCCCUUCGAUUUUUGUUCAGUUUUUGUAAAUCAACUCGAAAUUAGGUCAAUGGGGUGUCAUGCACACGAGUACAUCCCCAACCCCAAUCCACCCUCCAGUCACCCUCACUCUCUCCACACCCACAAAAGGGUGCAGUUUUCCACUGUCUGUGUAUGCAUUUUCAUUUGCAGUUUGCAGUUCAAUCAAUCUAAUUCGGAGCAAUUAACACAGAGAAUCUCAUGCUCGUCUCGAGUGGCAUAGGAAGGAGCCAAAUAAAUGGGAUAUUAUAUCAAGGAAAAUUAUUUUUUUCGGAGCAGAAGGCACAGGGCAUGGUGUUCCUAAUCGCCCUGAAGCAAAUUUCUUGACCUGCCGGACACAGAGACAUAUGUAUGUACAUAUGUAUGUAUGCACGUAUGUUUUUAUGUAUUGGUAUGACCUACUAUGGGCCCCCAGCUAUCGAUAUGCCAUUGUUAGGGACAUACUACAUACAUAUAUGUACAUAUGUAUAUCAAAACAGAAAAGGGAAAUUAUAAUCAGGGACUACACAAAUCUCUGCAGCAAAAUUUGUGGUAAAAGGUGUCAAAAAACUUCAAAUUCCCUUCUACGUUAUUCAAAAAUAAAUAAAUGCAAGUUCUUAACCGGCUGAACACAGAGAAUGUACGAGUAUGACUCUAAUAUCAUGUCCGCUUGGACAACUUUUUGGAAACCCUCCCCUUUCAGCUCUAAGAUACAUGCCGGUAUUUCUAAGCAAACCUUAAAACAAACCACAAUAUAACAUUAAGCGGAUGAUAUUUUAUUAAGCAUUUUUAAAGCGGUAAAGAUAAGAC